AAUCCCGCUCAGUGUCUCCGCGGAAGCCAGAGGGAAAGGGUGGAUUUGACGACGGUGGCACAGGAGGUGUUGCCAGAAGUGGGGACUCCCUUGACGCGCGCACACACGCCUCACCACCUCGCUAACCUAGAUCACGUCGACUCCGCUGUCUGCUCCUGCUUGCCACGCCUGCUGGAACUUCUACUCCUGCUGCUGGUGACUCAACGCAAGUGGUGAUAAGACUGACGCUCAAGUGAUUUAGCGUAUAGCGAGGCGAAGGCAUACCUGGAGAGUGUGUUCGUUACCUGUUGAUUAACCUCACCGUCGCCGCCUGCACCGUCCACUCUGCAUUUGUGAAGCGGGGAUAUUGAAAAGGAUUAAACUUAGACACCCAAGGUGUGGUGACAAAAAAAACACGACCUUUAACCAUCAAAACACGCACAAAAAAAAGGCACACACAAAAAACUAACAGGUAGUAAUUUGUAGACGUGAAUCGGGUCAGUACACACAGCCACCAACCCCCAACACACACAUACACACACACACACGCACACACACACAAACCCUUCCCUUCCCUUCCCCUCCACACACCACCACACCCACACACCUCCCCGCGAUGGACUCCUGGUCGAAGCGGCGGGCGGGGGUGGCUCGGGCGGUGGAGGGCGUGGUGAAGAGGCGCAAGCACGUGGUCCUGGUGGGGCUGGACGGCUCGGGCAAGACCACGGUGCUCACCCGACUCAAGUACAGGUGUUACGUAGCCACUACACCCACCAUCGGCUUCAACCAUGAGAAGGUGUGGGGCGGUGGGUACCGGUGGUCGUGCUGGGACGUGGGCGGCGGGGAGCGUCUGCGCCCCCUCUGGUCCUCCUACACGCGCGCCACGGACGGCCUGGUGUACGUCGUGGACUCCGCCUCGCCUGGGGACGUGAUGGAGGAGGCGCGGGUGGAGCUGGCGAGGGUACUGAAGAAAUCUCGCGCGUCGUCUGCACAGCUGGGCAUCCCCACACCACCUCUGCUCGUGCUGGCCAACUUCCAGGACCAGAUACACGCCCGCUCUGCCCAAGGCGUGGCACUGAGCCUGGGCUUGAGCGAGGCCGUGGGCGUGGUGUGGGCGGUGGCCCCCGUGUGUGCCCUCACCGGCGAGGGUCUGGACGAGGCCAUGGCCACCCUGAGGGCCCUGAUCGACAAGGUGCGGCAGGAGGCACGAAGGAGGGACAGAUGGCGCUGAGACCACCUCCGCCGCGCCGCCCUCCACUACUUCAGCGGCGAGGACAUCCACCUGAGGCCUCCCGCGCAUGCCUGUCCGCCUAGAGCACCUCCCACCUGUUCACCGCGGGCACCCUCACCUGUAGUGCCCAGCGGGGACAUCAAGGGAGCGUCAUGUACCAUAUUUUCACCCCCUUCACCCCCCAGCACCCCUUCUCCGCCAUCUUUCUUCCCUAAGGAUUUCGUAGACAAAGCUGAGUUUCCCUUCGGCCCGUCAGCAGCCAGUCUGUGUGCCUCCCCCACAGUCUGAGCGCCUCGGGGUUGGCUGGGCCUUGCCGUGUGUGUCACCCGUUGGCUUAUUGUACCGACAGCUGGUUUUUUCACAGGUUUAAGUGUGUGAGCUUUAUUUGCGUGUGUUUGUGUUCAGCUGUCGAGUGGUGGUUAGCGAGAAGGACCCACGAUGCCUGAGGCUGACGAGGCCGCGGCAUGCACCGAUGAACGAAGCUCUUGAGACUGCAACGCGAUGAAGGAACGUGAUGACGGCGGCGCAUUAACGGGAUUAACGCGCCGCCGAUCCCUCACACGGAGACAGGACAAACGAAACCCAACCCCGACGACGACCCUCAACACACGAACCCCAACGAAGACUCGAUUACGAUGAUGAACGACCCACCGAUUAAGACUAUGCGAUACCCGACAACGACCCCCGCGAUAGGGCGCUCCUCCCCCCGACGCCUGAGGGGAGAGGACGAAGAACCUGACACUCACGACCACGACUUCGCCUUCCUCAACGACUACGCCAACGAGGAAGGUUAUAAGAGGACUGGAGGAGGCUAAGAAGGAGGAAGAGGAGUUAGAGGAGAUAAUAAAGACGAGGAAGAGGAGGAGGAUCGUGUGUGAGGGAAGACAAACAAAGGCUCUGCAGGAUUAAGAUAGGAAGGUUUGUGUUGCUAACUGGAAGCCCUUCAGACCACAAAGGCAACACGUCAACGCGUACUUGCUGGUGCUGAUGCAGGCAGUACUGUGACGCUUUGAGGGCCCCGUGCCGCCCUGCUGGUGCUGAUAACGAGCAAUAUGACAACAACAACUGCAAAUACCAACUACAACAACAACAUCAAGUAGCUCGUAACAAAAUAACGUCUCCUUUAUAAAACGGCAAAAAAUAACUUCUUUUGCUACUACUGUUCUUACCACUACUACUACUACUACUACUACUACUAUCAACAAAAACAACAAUACCACUACAUAUCACCACCAUUCCUACAGUAACAAUCCUAUAAACAACACCACCAUUAAAAACAACAACAACAACAUUAAUUGGUCACUGAAAAGGAAACGCCCAUGAAAAAAAAGGAGGAAAAAGAGAGAGGACAACGAGGGCGGGUGUUUGUCCAAUUUUUCCUCCUCCCCUUCCCUUUACAUUUUCCCUCCUCCUCCUCCCCCUCCCUCCCCCUUCCCUCCCUCUUCCCCAUAUCCUCAUCGCCUCCUCUCGCCUUCCCCAGUCCUCAUUUUAUCAGUUUUGUUCUCUCUUCGUAUUCUUUGUAUGUGUUUUAUUAAUUUUAUUUUAUCGUAGUGUUAGUUAUUUAUUUAACGUAUUAUAUUUUCUCUCUCUCUCUCUCUCUCUCUCUCUCUCUCUCUCUCGGUUGCUCCUAAACGCUAUAUAUCUAAUCUCGUAUAAUAUAUAGUUUCCACAUUUUAUAUCAUUUAAUCAAGAAAUAAACAGUAUUAUAAAAGCAA